AUGGCUGGUGUGGUUCAAUCCCAUCAGAACAAUCAUUCUAAAUCGAACACUAGGGCUGCAAAAGCACUACGUGUGAGCUUCGAGACGAUGAAAGAGUACGCCAUGCACCCUCAAAAGAGACUCACAAUGAGGUGGACCUUUGGUGAGAUCCUGCGGAGAUUUGAUAUCUCUUUGCUCUGUGAGGUAAUGCUCACUGGUUUCGAUAAGGCCGCAAUUGCGCUUCUCGGAGAGGAUGAAUGGACGGUAGAGAGCUUUAUUCGUCUUCUUCCUGCGAAUCAGAUCAUUCAACAGGGAGUCUAUCUCGAUUCACUAGUUUCCAUUUUGAUAUUGGUAGCUGGUUAUGGUGGCUCCGCAAAGCAUAUCCAGAAUCGGGAUAAACAACAUUCACGCAAGCAAAGCGAAAAGAACCCAAAAAUGUGUACUACAAGAAGCUUUCUGAGCUUGGUACUACUGGGAAUCGCCGAGCGCUUCUUAUUUUUUCACCUGAGAUACCAGUAA